ACGAUAAAUUAUUUUCUCGAACACUCGCUAUCUAUCGCUCUUUGCCGAAACAUCGUUUACGCUUAUUGUCUAUUGCGAAAGUACCCGCUGCCCACGCUAGUACCAGCAGGUAUCCGAUGCUCGCUCCUGCAAUGAAGAAGUCCCAACCGCCGACCAACUCGACGUCGAACACCGAGUCCAAAAAAGUAGAUAAAAAGCGCCAAGGAGACACAGCACCCAACUCUAGGUCGGGUUGGAGGCCGUACCGCGGAAGAUGGAAUGCUAAAGUGGCCUACCGGGAUAAUCUCAACGAAGCACCCCGGGGAGAAGCCGCUACCCAUGAUACCCAUACAUCGCGACGAGGCCGGCCGCGUCAAAACUCAAGAAAUCCUAGAGUAUAUUCAAACGGGGCGACGAAUUCGAAUCCUCAUUAUAACCUAUCAGGACGGUCACUCUCUCCACGGAGAGAUGCGCCAUCGCAACAGACGCCCCAAUCGCAGAAUGGCCAGGCGGUGUUGCCUGCAAACAACGGUUCCGCCGGCUUUCCAAUGAUGAAUCCAUUUAAUAUGUUUAAUGACCUUCCGGUUCCCUCUGACGUCUCGGCAUGUCAGCCACGGUUUUUUCCGCCAAACAUGUCACAGCAACAGCAACAACAACAACAACAACAACAACCACCACCACCACAAUUUCCUUCACAGUUCGACCCGUCUUUACCGAAUCCUGCAUGGUUUCCUCUACUCGGUGGUGGGAACCCGUUUCUAACUAUGCCACCGUUUCUAUCACCGGGCGCUUUUAUGAACCUCGAUAUGCAGAGUCAGGCAGCCUCGAACCCGAUGUUAAGUACUGUUGAUCAGAGCGGAACCGCAACUUCAGCUGGUUUCAGUGCGGCUGCUCCCUCGGCCCCGGAUCAGAAACAGACCAGUGCUGCUAAAGCCCAUCGCCAGGCCUUCAAAGCACCCCGCCCCCCUUCCGCGACGAAGAAGUACCUUCACCAAUCAGCAUUAUCACCCAAGUUAACAUCUUCUCCGCAACCUUUACUUAUAAUCCUUGACCUCAACGGUACUUUGAUAUACCGGAAAACGAAAAAGUUCCCGCCAUCAUUCUCGCGGAGAGCUGGCUUGGAUGAGUUCUUAAACGUCCUGGUUGAAAAGUACAAGGUCAUGAUCUGGUCAAGCUCAACACCACCGACAGUAGCCGCGGUCUGCCGGAAGUUGUUUCCAGAAUCCAAAAGGAACGAACUAGUCGCCGAAUGGGGCCGGGAUAAACUCGGUCUCUCGAAGUCUGAAUACAACUCCAAAAUCCAGGUUUACAAGACUUUGGAAACAGUCUGGAACAAUAAGCAAAUCCAGGCUUCAUACCCAGGGAAGGCUCAAAAGGGUGGGCCCAAAGCAAAGAAACAGACAUCUCGCUGGGACCAAACAAACACCGUUCUUAUCGAUGACAGCAAACUCAAAGCUCUUAGCGAACCCUACAACCUCAUUGAGAUUCCGGAAUUCACCAACAACCCUGCCAUUGACGAAUCAGACAUUUUCCCAAAGGUCCUCCAGCGCCUUGAGCUCCUCGCCAAAUGCGACGACGUCAGCAAAAUGGUCUACAAGUGGACCUCCACAAACCCCGAAACAAGCAUCCUGGACCUCAACCCGGGUCCCAUAAAAUGCAAACAGGACGGUCCUGGUGAUGACAACCAACGUAACCAUGCUGAUCUCGACCCAGCUGAAGCUCGUAAACUAAGCCGCAAGACACGCAAGCUCGAGAAAAAGGCCGCUCGCAAAACCGCCACCAUCCUCGCAGCAAGGGCAACUGCCUCUGCUCCUGCCCUGUCGCCACAAGAUUCUCCGUCAAAUCCACCUGCAGAUGAACCGGGAAACCAGGACCGCUCUGUGAAUUCAACGUCAGAAGCACAAAGGCAGAGAUCGCCAUCCUCUGCGUCGUCUGUGCAAUCAGGGAACACCCUUCUUGACCGAUUAGAAGAGUCUUUGAACUCGUAA